UUACAAGAAAAGUCACAAAGAGCAAAACCUUAUCUCUCAUUGACAUUUUAUCAAACACCUUUCGUGCAUUCCUCCUCACUCAAAUCCUACUCAAAUUUCGAUCUUUUCCGUUGCAUACGUAUUCAAUAUCACUCGUAAUUAUCAACAAACCACUUUGAAUUUCACACUCAUAAGUGAUCAACCUCAGAUGGAUAGAAGUAUUGCUGACGAGCUCUACUCAGGAAUAUCGGUACCGAAAGUAGAAUUGGAUCAACCAUCAGUUCGUUGUAUUAAGCAAUCCCAUCCAGUAGAUGGUGAGGAUGAAGAGUGGUGCGGAGAUGAUCCAUCAUCUGAUCUUGAUAGGGAAUGGCAAAGAAGAAAAAACCAAUUCCAUACGAUCGGAUACCGAGAUGGACUUUUAGCGGGAAAAGAAGCUUCGGCACAACAAGGUUUCAACAUCGGCUUUAAGGAAUCGGUGCUCGUUGGAUUUAACUUGGGUCUUGUUAGAGGUGUCACUGGAGCUCUGAAUUGCCUUCCGGGUGAAUUAAGCGAAAAGAUUAUCGAAUCAUCAGAAACGAGAAAGAAGUUCCACCAGUUAUAUGAAUCGGUGAAUAAUCUAUCAACAACAGAUGCAUUGAAGGCUUUUGGUGAUGAUCUUUCAAAACGAGAAGUCAAACAGGAUGGUCAAACGGAUUGCAGUGUUCUCGAUAGCUGCUAUAGACAGCUUCAGUCUCUCGUUGUCGAGUCCCCUGCUAUCGAGGUGCAAUCAUGGGAUAAAACAAUCGAUGUUUCAUCUUCAGGCAAAAAACCUUCGCGUGAAUGAGAGUUAACGGGUUUGGAUGAGGGGAGAGAGAAAGAUGUUGUGGUCUGUGAGAGGGGAGCCAGGCAAGCUGAUGUGGAGGGAUCCUUUGAGCUCUAGCAUUUUAAAGAAAAGAUGAGUAUUAGCCUUGGUGUUAGUUAAACUUAUAAGAGUAAAUUACAAAAAUUGUCCUUAAUUUAUACUAAAUUUCAAAAGAUUGUUCUUUGUCUUUAUAAUUGAUGGGAUUCGUA